CUCCCGCUCCGGCAGCGAAUUACGUGACUUGGUGCAAAAGUAUUGUAGAGACGUGACAAAAUGUAGUAUAUUUUUCGGAGCCAAAUUAACAGUCUCUUUCUCUCUCACCUAAAAGAAAAAUGAAGGCCCGAACAAACCUACCAGUAGUCUUCGCAGUUGAAAUUUCCAUUGCCAUUGGUAAUGAGCGAGAAAGUUAAGAGAGAGAAAGCGACGGCGAUAUAGACCCAGGCGCACACACAUAUCACCCACGCAAGCUGACAAACCUAACGGUCUUUGGCUUCUUUCUCUGUUCAAUUGGAAUUAUUCGUCUUCGCUUUUCUAUAAAGCCAAUUAUGUUUCCGAUUCUGAUUGUUUUGCCCUAGUUUGAUACGAUCGUUCGAAGAUGAGGCUGUAUGGAGCUCAAUUUACCGUCGGAGAAUCUGAUUCUUCCAAAUGGCAGAGAAUUGAGGGGUACAGAGAGGAAUCGUACGGAUUGAGACAUUGAUUUUAAUUGUGUUUAUAUAUAUGUAUUUUGAUGAGUUUUGUGGUGUGAAGAUUGUUCUGGGGUUUGCAAUGAGUGCCGAAAGGAGGGCAGUGACGGUUCGUGACCUAGGAGAGGAAGCCAAGAAGCGGAUUGUUUUCUUGGUCAUAUGCGUGGUUGGUCUCUCGUAUCUCAUGUCGUUGACAAGCUCCUCAGUCUGGGUGAACUUGCCCGCUGCUGCCUUCUUGAUUAUCAUCCUUCGCUAUUUUUCUCUGGAUUUGGAGAUGCGGAAGAAAGCUGCAGUAUACAACAGCAAACAAACCUCAGCAAGUGUUUAUUCACAAAACAAACCUCUUGAAGCUCCUAAAGCUGUAUUUGAGAAGUCUGACUGGAGAAGGAAAGUGAAUUCUCCUGUUGUUGAGGAAGCAAUUGAUCAUUUCACUAGACAUCUAGUUUCUGAGUGGGUGACAGAUCUGUGGUACUCUCGCAUAACGCCUGAUAGACAAGCUCCAGAGGAGUUGGUGCAGAUCAUAAACAGUGUUCUGGCAGAAAUUUCAUCUCGUAUGAGGAAUGUAAAUCUAAUCGAUCUGCUGACGAGGGAUGUAGUCAAACUUUUCUGCACACACUUGGAGCUUUUUCGCACAAGUCUGGCAAAGAUUGAGAAGCGACAGCCUGGAUCACUGACUUUUGAACAUCGAGAUAUGGAACUAAAAUUUAUGUUGGCUGCAGAAAACAAAUUGCACCCUGCUCUGUUUUCCACUGAAGCUGAGCACAAGGUACUUCAGCAUUUGAUGGAUGGUCUCAUAUCUUUCACAUUUAGGCCUGAGGAUUUACGUUGCUCUUUGUUUCGCUUUAUUGUUAGAGAGCUUCUUGCUUGUGCAGUAAUGCGGCCAGUAUUGAACUUGGCUAACCCAAGGUUUAUAAAUGAAAGGAUUGAAUCUUUAGCUAUUUCUUUAAGCAAGUCUAGUAAAGGAGCUACUACCGCACGAUUGACAUCCCAGUCUAAAUCAAAUGGGUCCACAAGGAUUUCAUCAGAUCAUUUUUCUCGAUUUGUAGAUCCUUCUGGAAAGGGUGUUGAGCUUGUCCAAUUUAAAAAGGAUCAACCUGAAACUGUUGAAGAGAAAUCUGCAGCAGACUAUGGAAAUGGAACUCUUGUUUCGAAGGAUCCAUUACUUUCUGUGGAUACCAGAUCAACCCGUUCUUGGAGUUCUAUACCAUCAGGCCCUCAAAAUGAUGACGAGGAAGAUACUCAAAGACACCACUCUGGAGGAGAAUGGGGUGAUGUUUUAGAUAAGAUGUCUCGCAGAAAGACUGAAGCCCUUGCUCCUGAGCAUUUCGAAAAUAUGUGGACGAAGGGAAGAAACUACAGAAGAAAGGAAGAUUCUAACCAAGUUAGCGAGCCAGUAACAAAGAGUUCUUUGCCAACAAUAAGGACACCUAAUAAUUCUAAGGCAUUGUCCAGGCAAAAAGGGAAGGAUGGUUCCACCAAGAUUAGUAGUAGCUCUGAGAGAAGUGUUGUUCUUCCUGGACCAACUGAUAAGCCCCCGGAAGACAAUUUGUGCCCCCAUAAUAAUAUGAACAUAUCGAGUCAGACUUUUGUUAGGUCAUAUGUGGAUGAUAAUGAGGAUAAUCUCAUGCAUUUGAAGGAUAUCGAGUCAGAGAGCAGUAGUUCUUGUACUUGUGAAGAUGAAGAAACUAGCAGUGUGACCGGUCUUGAUUCACCUGGAACUAAAGUAUGGGAUGGUAAACAUAAUAGAAAACUUCCUGUCUCAAACAUCCAUCACCCACUUGAAAGUGUUGAAGGCCGCAAGACUAGAAAGACAGGCAAAGGGCAUGCUCACUCUAGAUUACACAGGACACAGCCAGGAAGGAGAAGGUCUAGAUUAAGCAGUCAGAAGUUACAUGUCUGGCAAGAAGUUGAGAGAACAAGCUUCUUAUCGGGAGAUGGCAAGGACAUUCUAAAUACUUCUAAAGGACAUAUCAAAUCUGAGGACUCUAGUGAUGACUCCGAGGCAGAAAUGUUGGGCCGAAUUCAGAGUGGAGCAACUGCUUCUUCAUCUGCAUCUUCGUCUACAAUACCUAGAAUACAUAGGUUGUCUGUCAAUGCUCAGGACAAAUUGUUGGCAGAUUCUUUUUUCAAGCUAAGAUGUGAGGUGUUGGGUGCCAAUGUCGUGAAGAGUGGCUCGGAAACAUUUGCUGUUUAUGCCAUGUCUGUUACGGAUGUAAAUAAUAAUAGUUGGUCUAUUAAAAGAAGGUUUCGGCAUUUUGAGGAACUCCAUCGUCGUCUGAAGGAGUUUCCAGAGUAUACCCUUCAUUUGCCGCCCAAGCAUUUCCUGUCCACUGGUCUAGAUGUGCCUGUCAUUCAAGAACGGUGUAAAUUGCUUGACCAGUAUUUGAAGAAGCUUCUUCAGCUUCCAACUGUUUCAGGAUCAAUUGAAGUUUGGGACUUCCUUAGUGUUGAUUCCCAGACAUAUGUAUUCUUAAAUUCUAUCUCUAUUAUCGAGACAUUGUCAGUUGACCUAGAUGAUACAGCAAAUGAAAGAACUAAGGACGGUCAGACUGCUAUUGGGCCUGCAGAUUCCUUAUCCUCGAGGAGACAACAACGAAUUGCUGAAAGCAAGGAAUCUACUGUACCAAUGAAGCAUAAUGUUGUUGGAGAUGGGUCAAAACUGAAUGCAAAAGGUGCAGUUCAAUCUCCACAAAUGAAGCCUGCAAAAGAAUUUGGAAACCCAUCUGAGAAUUCAAGUAGUGUCAACAAUGAGGAGCAUACCAAAGUAUCGCUGACCAGAAAAUCCAUAAAGGGAGGUGGAAGUGAUGAUUUACAAGCAUCAUCUCAUUCUGUUAAUAAUGCUGCUACUGACCCAACCCUCCCUACUGAGUGGGUACCACCAAAUCUAACUGUCCCUAUAUUAGAUUUGGUUGACGUCAUUUUCCAGCUCCAUGAUGGAGGAUGGAUCAGGCGGAAGGCUUUUUGGGUGGCCAAACAGGUAUUACAACUCGGAAUGGGUGAUGCCUUUGAUGAUUGGUUGAUUGAGAAAAUCCAGCUUUUGCGUAGGGGAACAGUGGUUGCUUCCGCGAUCAAGCGGAUUGAACAGAUACUUUGGCCUGAUGGAAUAUUCCUAACAAAGCAUCCAAAGCGACGAAGGCCAAGCCUCUCUGGGACCACACCACAAAGUUCACCUCAUGGCCAACCUCCCACACCACAAAGUUCACCUCCUGGCCAACCUCCCACACCUAAGCAAGAGGGUUUCCACCAAUUGGAUGAGCAGCAGCAAAAGGAAGCUGAGCAGCGUGCAAAACUUGUGCAUGCACUAAUGAUUGAUAAUGCACCGGCUGCUAUUGUGGGUCUUUUUGGCCGGAAGGAGUAUGAACAAUGUGCUAUGGAUCUAUACUACUUUCUUCAGUCGUCUGUGUGUUUAAAGCUCUUGGCUUUUGAUCUCCUUGAGCUGCUGCUUUUAUCGUCAUUCCCGGAGAUGGAUUAUAUCUUCAGGCCAUUGCAUGAACAAAAGUAUAAGUUUGGGGAGUUCAGUCCCAGUUGACGGUGAUGUAUUUCAUCGAUCACAGAUUGAGAGCAAUUAUUUUUUACCAUUUUUGUUUCCUGGUUGAGGUACAUAGUUUUAUUCAAGGUACGAUUGAAUUCAAAUCAAGAUUUGAAUUGAUGGAGCCAAAGCUCAGUGGUUCGGACUUGGGUCCAAUUUGUGUCAAGCUUUGAUUUUGCGAGUGCGAGGAAACUACAUACAUGUAAAUUUCUGGGGAAAUGCAGAUAUACAAAGACAUCCUUUUACAAA